AUGGCCGGCGAAGUCAUCACGAUCCAAGCUGGGAGUUUUGCAAACUUCACAGGAGCUCAUUAUUGGAAUUUUCAGGGCCAGCCCAUCUUCACCCCACGCCUCGUCCUCUUCGAUCUCUGCGGAAGUCUUGGAGGAGCCAGCCAGAGCAGUCUUGAGGGCGCCGAGCAGGCAACGCCAGCUGUCACCACGUGGUCCGGGCCUGUGACCGUGCAUCGAGCCGAGCCGUUGCCGCGCAGCCGCUUUGCUCAGCAGCUGGAAGUCGAGCCAGAUGAGGCGCCAGCAGGACCCAGUGGCAACCAGGAAAUUGAUGCAGCCUAUGACGCCAUAUCCGAAGCCGCCAGGGAGCUGGACAGGGAGGGAGCAGUGCGCUCCUGGACGGACUUCCUGAAGGUGCGCCUGCACCCGCGCAGCCUGGCGCUGCUGCCGGGGCGCUGGCAGGGCGCGGCCGAAUUCUCUGGCUUCGGUCACGGCCGCGGCGCACUCGCGUCCGAUGAGGCGCGCGAGGACGCGGCCGACCGCAUUCGCGGAUUUGCCGAGGAGUGCGACUCGCUGCAGGCACGCCACGGGUUCCAGUACUUUGUGGACGACCUGAGCGGCUUUGGGCACUUCUCCUACGAGCUGCUGCAGAUGAUGCAGGACGACUACGCGCGCUCCCCUGUCCUGCUCUUUGCGCUGCGGCCCUCCCUGGAGGAAACCUCUGCUCAGCCGGCGAGCGUCCUGAGGCAGAGGCGUCUGAGUGAGGCCGCCAGCAUGGCACGGCUGUCAGAGGUUUCGUCGCUGCAUAUCCCCAUUGCUCCUUCGGCAAAUCUCCCCUGUGUCAGGUGGCGGCCAGGCAACGUGUUCCAUGCGAGCGCGCUGUGUGCUUCGGUCAUUGACACCGCUACGCUGCCGUAUCGGCUGACGCGGACCCCCCGGCCUGGGCCUCUGGGGGUCCCUGUCGGCGGCUGCCACCUGCGCAGCCUCACUGAGCUGCUGGGUACUUCGCAGGCGAACAACUACACGGCGGCUUUCGCGGCAGUGCCGUGCCCCGAUGUUCCAGAGGCGCACGCGGCCGCGGCGGCCGCCGAUGCGCGCACCGGAGGCAACGCCUCUUCCUCGCAGCCGCCGUUCACCAUGCAGCGUACCUCCUCAUGGACGCCUGGCAUCCCUGCAGAUGUAGAAGAGAGGCUGGCAGAGUCAGUCACACUGCGAGGCGCAAAGAGGGGCGGACACCCGCUCAGGGCAGAUGAGGCCGCACAGGCUCUCGAUGCAGCACUGCUGCAGGAAGGUGCAAACGGCAGGCAGAAUGGCGGCAGCAGUGGUCAGCACAGUAGACUGCACCAAAAUGAUGGGCCGGCCAGCAUACCCGUUCUUGCCAGGCUGUGUGCUUCUCCUGCUGCUGCCGAUGUGGCCAAGACACAGCUGGAGAGGUUUAGAGGUCUGGUGGGCUCUGGAGGGGGCAUGGCAGUGCUGCAGGGCUGGGGAUACACAGCGGAUGAUGUCACGGAGAUUGAAGAGCGGCUGUUGACCAUGGCGUCAGCGUAUGACCAUGACGAUGACUGUUGAGUGCACUGGAAGUGGGCUUGCAUGCAUGCAACCAUUGCCAAUUGACAAGAAAGAGUCAGUGUGCACAUAUGGUGCCACACAUCGUGCCGGUGCCGUUGAGAUUGCAGCUGGAGUGUACACACUGGGCUGCAGCAUGCCUGUACUUUAGAGAGUGUGCGCGAGGUCUUUCAAUUAAUACUAGAUGCUUC